AUGUCUACCCGCGUUAACCCUAGCCCUAGCUCUAGUAUUAGCUCUAAAAUUUCUUUAUCAGAUUCCAACUACGCUGUCUCAUUUGAGCGCAAUAAUCACGGUGAGAUCUUUAUUGAUAAUAUGUUAGCGGAAAUGAUCGAAAAUAUGUACGCUACAGAUAUUUUUGCAGACGAAGACAUGAGAGAUGAAAGUGAACAAGAAAUACAUGUUAUUCAAACUGAUUCAGAAGAAAUAACU